UUUUUCGCAGAGUAUAUUUUGGUGCACAAGCACCGGUUACCAAUAUAAUUAUAAUUACAUUUGCUCGAAUAAAACAAGCAAAUCGACGGCAAUCAAACACCCAAACGGGCUAAUAAUAACCGCCAGAGAGUGGCGCACAUCCGCCAAUUGAUCAAAACAACUACGAGUGAGGAGAGCAGAAAAUACGGCGGAAAAGCGAGAAAAACACGGCGGGAAAAUGGACCUGCUCGACACGAUACUCAAUGCCAUGGAUGCACCGCCUGCCAACAACGAGCAGCAAAAGACGCUGAUCAAGAAACAGCGCGAAUUGAUGGAACGGAUGCAGAACAAACAGAAGGAGGAGCUCCUCCGAUUCCGGAAGUAUGUGGACGAACGGAUGGGCCGAUUCGCCAAGGACGACAGACAGUACAUCGAGUUCCAGCCGCUGGACAAGGUGCACCGCUCGGUGAUACACGAGAUAGCCGAAAACGGAGGUUUCAUUGCCAUGAGCUUUGGUCGCGAGGAUGUGGAUCGGCAUUCGGUGGUAUACAAAAAGGAGCAUGCUCCUGGGGAGGAUGAGGUCACGGCCAGACGAAAUGGUGACGGCUGGAAUCCAGAGAUAGCCAAGGAGUACGCAGAGCGACGGCGGGAGCGACUGGCGCAGGAGCAGAGCGACAAGGAAGCCUCCACUUCCGAGGCGUCGGCGAACUGUACAUCCUCAUCCACAGCCGGAGAUCCGGACUCCAGUGAAGUCAAGCCCACAACUAACUAUAAGGCCAAGUAUGCCCACCUCAUCGGAGAGUCAGCAGCAUUGCAGGCGGCUCGCAAGACGGAGACCAACCAAAGCUAUGGAUUUGUCCCCAGUAAGAACAAGAAGGACAUGCGCUCCAUCGAACAAACGCUGGCCGACAUCCAGGCCAAGAAGCGUCUGCGACUGGCGCAGCAACAGGAACUGGAGCAGGAGCAGCAGGCGCCGGAGGCAACAUCCACAUCCACAGGGGACCCAUGAUGAGUCGUCUGGUGGGACACGCUUAGUAUACAGAUAGCUCACUUAACGCAAGACUGUCUUAACCCAAAAAAUAUGAUUAUACUCUGUAAGGGCUCCUUAAAUUUAUAACCAUAAAUGGAGAAUCAGCCAUUCUUGUCUUGUUCCCAAUUCCUAUUUGAUUAUAUUGGACGCAAAAGGAAACGAUCAAAUUUUAUUUUAACAAACUAAAUUGCUGCCAAAAUUUGUAUUAAAUUUUAGAACUUAUAAGAUCUGUGUUCCCACACUUACAUUAAUCUUAUGUACAAAUGGGAAAAAGACAUGACUAUCAUCUCUCAUUUAGGGUAUCAUAAUCCCCGCAAAAAUGCCCUAUUUUUCGAGUUAGGACAGCCUUGUAUCGAGUGAGAUUAGUUUUGUUGAUUCAGAUUAGUCACAUGCAAGGUCAUUGGCUGCCAUGUAAAUCAUAAGUAAAUAAGCAAUUUAAUUUGUUGGCCAAUUAGGAUGCGAGAGUUAGAAGUGUUUAGAACAAAUUAGGUAUCCGAAACGGCGUCCGAAUCGCAAUAUCUAUUUAUAUAAUAAAAAUAUAGAAAGAACCGACAGAUUCAAAUUAA